GAAUCCGCUGAUAACACCAAACACGGCGACAUUCGUAAAAUUUUCACUAUUUUACAAUUUUUUUCGAUUACAUAUUUUUAGAACGACUACAAUAAUGUCUUCGGAUUCAGACACCAUGCCCGGGAAGAUUUUCGGUUAUGAAAAACAAAAGCAUACCGGUCGGAACUCAAUCGAAGACUUUUUAGAGAACCUAAAAGGCGUAAUCCUUGGACCGGUAAUCUGGGUUAGAGAAACCAUUGUAAAGCCCAAUCAAAAAGAUUACAACUACUAUCAUGAACAGUUACGUAGAGUGCCUACAGUUGAUCAAUGUUAUGACGACGAUAGGCUGUGCAAAUGGGAAGCUAAUCAACAGUUAAUUCGGGAUAAGUUGAUAGAUAGCAAUAUUCUAUCCAUUUUAAGACAAAGGUAUGAAGAUUGUCGGAUUUAUGAAGCACCAGAUGGUAUAAGAAAAUGCAAACCAUUGUCUGAAAUUUAUCAAGAAGCUGAGGAAAAUUAUUCAAUCAAAUACGGUGAUUUAGGCGUUGCUGUUACUGCUGAAAGAUGCUAUGCAAAACAACUUAAUCGCAUGAUAUGGGAGAGACGCCACGGACCCGUUGGAACAGGAAUGAAAAAAGAUAGCUUGUAAUUCAUGAAUUUUAACACACAGUAUAUAAUUAUACAGUAGUGUAUAAAAUUAGAAAACAAAAUCCAGUCAGGAAUUUAGAGAAGAAAUUAUAUUCUGAAAUGUUCAGUAUGAAAAUGUAUGUUUUUUUUUAAUACAAGUACUUUGUACAAAAUGUUACAGUUAAUUAUUAAGCAUGUGCAAAUACAAAUAUUGAGCCUUAGUUUCUAA